AUGGCCAUGUUCAAGCUCCUUGCAAUCACAUGGGCCGCUUCCACCUUGGGCCUUGAUUGCCAAGGUGAAGAUUGCGAGGCUUCGUCUCUUGCCCAACUUCAAGUCAAGCGGGCAGGGAUUCCCAAGGUUUGCGAGUACCAGGGCCACGUCUUUACGUGUGACUCUUGUCAGACUUGCGAAGCUGGGUCAUGCAUUGGACUUACGUGUGAAGAGAAGUGUAGCAUGUCUUGCAUCCACGGCCACUGCAUGCCUGGAAGUUCAACUUGCAUCCCGUCGACGGAGCAAACCGAUAAGAAGCAAACCACCAAGGUGCAAGCGGCAGCUUGCGCCAACUGGCCUGAGUGUGGGCAGGACAACUCCUGCAACGGAUGCAAGAAGACCGUUGAUACCAAAGGUACCCAUGCUGAGUAUCUGAUUUGUGGCGCGAACUCAUGUUCGAACUCUGCUUUUGAGUUGGCCGGUGCUUCCAGCGUUGGGCCAAAAGUGAUCUGUGGAGGUUGUCAAUACUCCACCUUUACGGGAUUGACCCACAUGAGUUGUCACAGCAACGAUGUCCAUUUCCCAUUCGCAUGCACGGACAGUUCACUGGCAUUCUUCUCCACUGAGUUCAAGGUGCCUCUCACCCUUUAUUGCGGCCCUAAUGGCUGCGGGGGGGUGUCUGUGACUGCCAGCAAUAACUUGCGCCUUACCGUUACCAUCAACAAUGGCGGCAGUGCGCCGAAGAGCAUCAAGAUGUCAGAAGGCUGUUUGGUGCUGAAGUGCGACGAGGAGGACUGCCGCCUCAACCACCAAAUCCUCGAUCGGAUUGACUUGCAGCUGGGAAGCAAGGCGAGCUGCAUGGCAGUGAACUAUGGGGACUACAAACUGCCCGCGGCUUGUCAAGACAAGAAGGCCCUCUCUUGUGGGACAGACCUGGUGGCAUGA